UGUUUGGUCUAUAUACGAAAUGGACAGUUUUUGCUUGAAGAUGACUUUAGAGAGAAGUUUACACUCUUUGCAAGUUAUUCCUUUUUUAUUAAUCUUUUCCUCCAAUUUCUUUCUUUGUUUUGUUGCUUUGAAGAGAAGUGAUCAAGAAUAGAAAUGAAAUACAAAAAUCAAAUGUUUUAUGUUGAAUUAUGACUUGACAUAUAUCAUAUUUGUGGAUUUUGAAAGAGAAAAAAAAGAUCUCCUAAACAGUAGUAAUUUUGUUUGCUUAACAUAAUUUUCUUUUCCCUUUAUUUUCUCCAAUUUUCUUGGGAAUUGAAUAGAGCCUUGAAAUCCCCACCCCCUUUUUCAAAACUAAGCAAUUCCAUUCAAAUUGAGCAAAUUUGAGACAUUAAGAGUGAGAUAGUUGUGAUUGACAAUGAUGCUUCUGAGGAUGCCACUGUUAUCCAGGUUGAUAGUGUUAACAAGCAUGGAAUACUCCUCAAAGUUGUACAAGUGCUUACGGACAUGAACCUUGUGAUAACAAAAGCAUACAUAUCAUCUGACGGGGAUUGGUUUAUGGAUGUGUUUAAUGUGGUCGACCAAGAUGGGAAGAAAAUCAGAGAUAAGGAAGUUAUGGAUUAUAUUCAACGAAGACUUGAAAGCAAUGCCAGCUUUGCACCAUCGUUGAGAGGGUCUGUUGGGGUGAUGCCUUCUGAAGAGCAUACUGCAAUUGAGCUUACUGGUACUGACAGGCCUGGUUUAUUGUCUGAAGUAUGUGCGGUUCUCACAGACCUCCACUGCAAUGUGGUAAAUGCUGAGAUAUGGACCCAUAACACUAGGGCUGCUGCUGUAGUUCAUGUCACAGAUGAUUCCACAGGGUGUGCAAUUAAAGAUCCAAAACGACUCUCGACCAUCAGGGAAUUGCUUUGCAAUGUUCUCAAGGGAAAUGAUGAUUCAAAGACAGCAACUAUGACUCUUUCACCCCCUGGGGUAACAAGUAGGGAAAGAAGAUUGCAUCAGAUAAUGUUUGCAGACAGGGACUAUGAAAGAGUUGAAAGAGCAGGAUUAGCGAGAUUUGAAGAUAAGAGUUCAAGACCCCAUGUAACAGUGUUGAAUAUUGAGAGAGAUUACACCGUCGUUUCUAUGAGGUCAAAGGAUCGCCCCAAACUAUUGUUCGACAUUGUUUGCACUUUAACAGACAUGGAAUAUGUUGUCUUUCAUGGAAUGGUCAGCACAGGAAGAAUGGAAGCUUAUCAGGAAUUCUAUAUUCGACAUGUUGAUGGACUCCCUGUAAGCUCAGAUGCUGAGCGAGAACGUGUAGUACAGUGUCUUGAAGCUGCCAUUGAAAGGCGAGCUUCUGAGGGACUGGAGCUGGAAUUGUGCACAGAGGAUCGUGUUGGACUCCUCUCAGACAUUACCAGGAUAUUCCGAGAAAACAGUUUGUGUAUUAAGAGAGCAGAAAUCUUGACAAAAGGUGGUAAAGCCAAAGACACAUUCUAUGUCACGGACGUCACUGGUAACCCAGUCGACCCCAAGAUCAUCGAUUCAAUUUGUAGACAGAUUGGACAAACCAAGCUGCAAGUAAAACGCAACUCUAUUCUUUCCCCAAAGCCUCCCCAGGAAACAACAAUGGGAUACAUCUUUGGGAACCUCUUUAAAGCUCGAACAUUCAAGUUGAUUAGAUCCUACUCGUAAUUUCUUUGUCUAAAUUCCCAUGGGUAUAUAUCUGUGCAGAAUGAUUUGAUGUUCAAACCCACAAAAGAAGGUACAUUGAGAUCAAGAAACAUUGUAAGUAGGCAUCUUCUGCCCUUUUUCCAGAGGGCUUAGUCAGUGUUUAUACCAUAUGAUGAUAUACUUGUAUAGAAGUAGCUCAGAAACCACUAUUAUGAUGGAUGGAUGGUCCUUUGUAUAUACGUGUACAUUAUGUAAUAUGCGUUUGAUAGUGCGUACAUGGAUUGUACAGAAUCUGCGAGUUUGUGCAUAUAAUAGAAGAAAAUGGUGUGAAUA